AUGGAGCCCCCCCGAGCCCCUCCUCUCCCCGAGCUGGAAUUUGGGGGGCCCUGGGGAUUUGGGGGGUGUCAGCAAGGAGCUCUGGGGGGUCUUGGGCCAGUUUGGGGGGCCCUGACAUCCCCCUCCCCUUCCCCCCUAGCCCUGGGGCUGUGGAUCUUCCACGGCGCCACCACCCAGAGGAGCCUCUUCAGCCGAGACCCUCGAGACCCCCGAGUGGCUGGUCUCCCCACAGUCCCCACGGCCACGGGGCAGGUGCUGCUGGCAGGGGGCUGGUGGGGGCUCGUGCGCCGCCCCGAUGACCUCGGGGAGCUGCUGAUGGCAUUGGGCUGGACUCUUCCCUGCGGUGAGACCCCCUUUCACACCCCUCCAUUGCUGGGGCCCCCCUAAAGCCCUUCUGAGCCCUCCUAGACACGUGUUACCCUGUCCAGACACCUGAGUGACCCAAAACCCCUGCAGACACCUGGGUGUUCCCUGACCCCCCACCAAAACACCCUCUCCCUCUCCCCCGUCCCCCUGUGACAUUUGGGCCACCCCUGGAUCUCCCUGACCCCCUUCCCAAAUGCUGGCCUUCUGUCCCUGCCCCACCAGGCCCUUGCUGGAUGUCUCCCCAAAAUCCUGGCUCCUUCCUUCCCUCCUCCCCAACA